AUCGGAGUGAAGCCACUUCCGGCCUUCUCUGGAGCCUUCCGCAGUUCUCUUCCGGGUGAUGGCGCCCGGCGCCCCGGAUGUAGCCCUGGUGAAAGUCUCUCUUUUUCUUCCCCCGCGGCCUCCCGUGGAUCCUGAGCCCAGGGAAGGCUCUUCAGUCCAGUCAUGCCAAAGAGGAAAGUGACCUUCCAAGGUGUGGGAGAUGAGGAUGAUGAGGAUGAAAUCAGUGUUCCCAAGAAGAAGCCAGUGGAUCCUGUGGCUGGGGUAGGGGGUCCUGGGAGCCGCUUCAAAGGCAAACACUCUUUGGACAGUGAUGAGGAGGAUGAUGAUGAAGAGGAGGGGUCCAGCAAAUAUGAUAUCUUGGCUUCGGAGGAUGUGGAAGGUCAGGAAGCAGCCACGCUCCCCAGUGAGGGAGGUGUGCGGAUCACACCCUUCAACCUUCAGGAGGAGAUGGAGGAAGGCCACUUUGAUGCUGAUGGCAACUACUUCCUGAACCGGGAUGCUCAGAUCCGAGACAGCUGGCUAGACAACAUUGACUGGGUGAAAAUCAGGGAGCGGCCACCUGAUCAGCGCCCACCGUCCGACUCAGAGGAAGAGGACAGCCUGGGCCAGACACCAAUGAGUGCCCAAGCCCUUCUGGAGGGCCUUCUGGAGCUGCUGUUGCCAAGAGAGACCGUAGCUGGCGCACUGAGGCGUCUGGGGGCCAGAGGAGGAGGCAAAGGGGGCAGCAAAGGGGGUGGGCGGCCCAGUUCCCCCCAGCGCUUGGAUCGGCUCUCUGGGUUGGCCGACCAGAUGGUGGCCCGGGGCAACCUUGGCGUGUAUCAGGAGACAAGGGAACGAUUAGCCAUGCGGCUGAAGGGGUUGGGGUCCCGGACCCAGGGACCCCCUGAGCCCACACCCCCUCCCUCUCUGGACAUGUUUGCUGAAGAAGUGGCAGAGGGGGAGCUGGAGACCCCAACUCCUACGCAGAAGGGAGAAGCAGAGUUGCCAGGAGAUGGUCUGGUGGACGUGAUGUGGGAAUAUAAGUGGGAGAACACAGGGGAUGCUGAGCUGUAUGGGCCCUUCACCAGCACCCAGAUGCAGCUCUUGCUCUCUUUUCCUGCAGACCUGGGUGAACGAAGGCUACUUCGCAGAUGGUGUUUAUUGCCGGAAGCUGGACCCUCCUGGUGGACAGUUCUACAACUCCAAACGCAUUGACUUUGACCUCUAUACCUGAGCCUGCUGAGGGCCCGGUUUGGUGGCCCCUUCUUUCCUGAACUCUCUGGAGGAGGCCCCAGCUGCCUCAGGCAGUGAGGACUUGAGGGGCCACUUUUCAGUCAAUUUCCCUUUCCCAAUAAAAGCCUUUGGUUACAUAUUAGGGCCUUGGCUGUGCUGAUGGCCAGAAGCCAAGGACCCCUUUGGACUCGC